UGGAGCGGAGUACGGCACGUUCCCGCUCGGGUUAAGAGUUCAAAAGCGAUACGACGAGUGGAAAUGCCACGGCGACGAGAAAAUCAAAGAGAACUUUUUUUAAUUUUUAUUUUAAUUUUAAUUUUAAUUUUUUUUUUGGGUUAGAGAUUAUUUCUACCAACAUUUUGAAAUGGGAUGUGGAUAGAAAAUAAAAUAAUCCAAGGAAUUUAGUUUUCUUAUGGAUCAUUCUCCUGAACCCAAUCGGAUUCCUACCACAUUAUCAUCGCCUAGUUUCUCGUCUCCGGCUGUGCAAGAAUCUCCAUUCUUCAAUUAUGCAAGCAAUCUUUCCCCUAUAAAGUCAGCUAAGGCAACACGAUAUGCACAGAGGUUUUUAGAGAUUAAUUUGUCAACCCCACCACCUGUGUUUACAUCUCCACGUAUUGAUAUGCAACGAGAGGACAGUUUUCCCGGCAGGGAUGAGAUGGUUGAAGCAGGUAAUAUUUAUAAACAAGGUGGCACCCUAUCAAAUGUAGUGCAUAUUCCUAGCUUUGAAAAGGAAUUUCGGUCAUGCACUCGUUUAGGCGGUAUUGAUGGAUACAUUACUGAACCUGUAGGUGUGGAGGACUCUAAGAAUUCUGCUGAUUUAGGAUUGCGACCAGAUAAUGAAGUGCCUCAGUUGUUAACUAGUGGAUUUACUUCCCCAAAUGAAACCAUUACGGAAGUUGAGGCUCUUGAUCGCACUGCAGAGGUUCGAGCUCUUAUGUUGUCCGAUCAGGCUGCAGAGAAUCAACCUUCAAGUUCACUUAAACUGGUUGAAUCUACAGUUGAUCAGAGAGACAACGGGAAGGUCAAAGAAGACAUCUCGGACUUUACAUUUGAUAAGGAUGAGUCUGAUAUAAAUGUAGAUCUUGUCUCUGGAGAACAAAAUUGUGGAGGGCAUGGAGCUCAGGAGGCUAGUCAGCAUCAUCAUGGUAUCUGCAGACAUCUCCAAUUUGAAGCUGCAAUGGCCUAUAAUGGAACUACUUCGACUAACAGCAACAGUCUUUGUGGUUUGACUGAUGAUACUAAAAAUGUGAGGUCACCUGAUAGCCUAUCAAACUUGAAGAAUUUGGUUCCGUUUCAAUAUGAAAUGGAAGCCUCCAACGGUCAGCAGUCAGUCAACCAUGUCCAGUCCAUGCCUCCACAGUUUCCUUCCUGCCCCUUUGAAAUGCUUAAUUCUUCUCAAAACUGUGGAAACGCUAUCAUGUCAAGUACCAUACCUUAUGGUACUGGCUUUCAUAUGAAUAACAUUCGCCUAUCUGAUAUGUUUGCAAGCGAGAAGCUACAUGGGCAUCCAAAUUCUCAAGAGAGGCUAAUGCCUGACAUGGCAAAUGCUUUAGGGAAGGACUUACAUAGUUCAUUUUCAAAUGGGGUUGGGGAUGUCCAUUCACACAUGAACAAUGACCAGCCUGGAAGUCAAUCUGUCAUGGAAGACAACAAUGUCCCUUCCCAUACCAGUGACCAUGUGAAUCCUCUUGGUAAUCCUAUGCAUUUGGCACUUAUUGAACAGCAUGCAGCGCCAUGUGAUGGAAGCAUAUAUGCUUCACAGGACACAGAAAUGGUUGAGGAGUCAAAGCAACUAAGCCCAAAACGGAGAAGAAAGAGAUCUGCAUACAUGACUGAGGGCUGCAAACGUUGCAAUUGUAAGAGAUCCAAAUGCUUGAAACUUUACUGUGAGUGCUUUGCAGCUGGAGUAUAUUGUGUGGAUUCCUGUGCAUGUGAGAAUUGCUAUAAUAAGCCUGAAUUUGAGGACACAGUUAUGGAUACACGACAGCAAAUUGAAUCUCGCAAUCCACUUGCUUUUGCUCCAAGGGUUGUCAAGCAUGCCACUGACUCUCCAGCCAAUGUUACGGAGGAAGGUAACUGGACACCCUCCUCAGCCAGGCAUAAAAGAGGUUGCAACUGCAAGAAGUCAAAGUGUCUAAAAAAAUAUUGCGAAUGCUACCAGGCUCAAGUUGGUUGUUCUGAUGGAUGCCGAUGUGAAUGUUGCCAAAAUUCUUUUGGCAAAAAGUCAGAAACAAUUUACAAGAGAGCAGAAAAAUGGGACACCUUCUCAAAUGAGAAUAUCGAUGCAUUGAAGAGUGGAGUAGAUUACAUCAAAGCUGAGACGAGGAAUGCCAAUCAGGUUGCACAAACAUGGGAACCACUUGCUGACAUUACCAAUAUCACCCCAUUGUCACAUACUUCCUCUGGUGUAUGGGAGUCGUCCUCUUCCAACUUUAGGGACUACUCGAAAGUUUCAGGAGUCCAAUUGCGCCCUGGAAUUCGGUUUCAGUCAUCAGCGCCUAGCUCCAUUAAUUGGAAUUGUUCACCCGACAGACUUAUGGCACAGUUCUCUGAUACCCAGGCCUCCCAUUGUCUCAGUUCUAACGCUGCAUUCUAUGGCUUAAUUGAUAAUGAUACACCUCAGAUACUCAAGGAAAAUUCUACCCCAUGUAAGGCAGUCAAAGUUAGGUCACCUCACCAGAAACAUGAAUCAUCGCCACAAUUCCAAUCACAUGGACUAAGCUCAGGCUCUCCACCAAGCUUGAGAGGUGGUCGCAAAUUUAUUUUGCAGUCCAUGCCUACUUUCCCACCACUUACACCAUACAGUAAAUCUAAAGAUAAGUAUCGAACAGACUUUGAAGCGACCAGUGAUUGACAUGCAUGGAUUUUGGUAAUAAAACAUAGUUACUUGACCGAGAGUUGUCACUUGCAAACCAUACUGUCUGUAAGCUGUCUUGUGCUUUCUGUGUCUAACUAUACGAGUUUGGUUGAAGACAGCAUUUACAGCCUGGAAGUUCAGUUAGCGGCAUUAUGAAUGACUGAGCUUGCUGUUUGCAGGCCAUCGGUGGUGAGAGGACAAAUGUAAUUAUCGUUUAUGAUAGGUUUUCUGCUUGAAAGGUUUUGACAGGUAUUUGCUUAUCCAUUAUAGUUUGAUGGUUCCCUUGAUAUUGUAUCAUUCUAUCCCCUAGCAUUUCCUUAGCGGUUAUUAGCAUUCUUGAAUCUCCUUCACCUUCCUCAAUAUCACUGUGAGAAGGCAGCAACUGUGUUGUGUUGCAGAUGAAUAAAAUCAUCUGCAAAUUUUUGACCAGCGGUUUUAUUAGGUUUAUACCAUGUUAGGUGGUUUCUUUUUUUCUUUUCUGAAAAGAUGUUAGGUGGUCCGUUUUUG